CGUAAGUUUCAGUUUAGAAAGCCUGGCUUUACGACGCAGACGAGUAGACGACUAUCUCUCAGAACCUACUGAGAGGCAGUUGUUUGCUUUCUAUAUUUCAAGUUCGAGGCUUCGAUCGCUGUGAAUCGUCUUCUUUGGUUUUUCCCUAGGUGGCCUUAAUUGCAGAGGUCAGGGAAGAGAGCGUUUUAGGGUUUAUCACUGUCUUGCACUUAGCGUAAAGACCUCGGAAAUAGCUGAACGAAGAUCUCUGCAACAACCCUAAAAAAUCUGGUUUUAACGAGAAUUUGAAGUUUGGGCUAGAGAUCGAAUUCUUCUGUCUAGUGGGUUGAACCUCGGUGUUGUGCGGGUUUAGAACAACUGUGCAUGGCUACUGCCGAGCCAGCUUCAGCUUCUUUGGGCCCUCGAUAUGCACCUGAUGAUCCAACUCUUCCAAUGCCCUGGAAAGGGUUGAUUGAUGGAAGUACUGGCCUUUCAUACUACUGGAAUCCUGAAACUAAUAUCACUCAGUAUGAAAAACCUGCUACAUUACCAUUACAAUUCCCAUCCGGCCCAAUUCCCGCAGCUUCUGUGCCACAGCUAGCUCCAAUACCAAUGUCCCAGACAAUGCAGGGCCAGAAACUGACUCAAGCCACACAACAGCAGGGGCAACAGAUGCUCCAAGUUAAGGAACAGACUGGACAAUUACUGCCAGCGCAGCCGGUCCAACAAUUCAUCCAGACUCAACAGCAGGGUCCUCAAAUGGCACAAGCUGUACAAGAAACGCCACAAUUGAUGCAAACUGAGCAACAUCAAUGUCAGCUUAUGCAACAGCAGUGUAGGCAGCAGAUGUUACAGAUGCCCUAUCAGCAGUUGCCUCCACAGAUGCUGCAGCAAAUGCCUCAACAGCUGAGUCAGGAGACACCGCAAAAUCAAGGGCAGCAAUUUUCACACCAGCAGCUACAGAAAAUACAGUAUCAACAAAGUUCACUUUCACCAGGACUUCAAAUUUCACAACCACGGGCACAACAGAUUGCACAUCAACAUGGACCACAGAUUCUACAGCAGCAGGCACAGCCAAUCCCACAUCGACGGAUGCAGCCAUUCUCUCAUCAUCAAGGGCAGAGAAUGGGGUUUCCUCUUAAAGAGGAAACUGAAUUUCAACGAGGGAAUCAAUUUGCAUUUUUUCCAUCGCAGGUCCAGAACCUGCCUACUGGAUAUUCUGUUCAGGGUCCACAUAUGGGAAUUCAGUCAGCUCAUGCCCAACAAUUUGGUAAUUCUUCUGGCAGUACACAAACUACAUCUUCUUUGGUUCAGAGUCAGCAUGCUGUAACUGAUCAUAUGCACUGGCAACAAGUGGGGCAACAAAUGGGUGGUUCCGUGGAGAAUCAAGUGGGGCCAAUAAUGAUGCAUAGACAACAAUCUGUUGGAACUCCUUAUGGACUGAAAAUGGGGUGUGAAAAUCCUCAUGAAUCUGGUGGAUCUCGUUACGGAUUGAGAACGGGGUAUGAAGAUUCUCAUAGAAGAUCUGGCAAUGAUGUUUACAUUAAUGCCAAUAAGGAAGGGUCAGUGAUGUUUCCUCAGCAACCAAAACUUGCUGCCAUCCCCAUGGAGCAGAAUCAGCAGGAAAUCAGGAUAGAUGCUGUUCCUCCUCAUAAUCCUACCCCUGGUCAUCCUGGGGGAUUGAAUAUAGCAGGCAAUUUAAUGCCUAACUUGUACAAUCAUGAAGCUAGUGCCAGAAUUCCAGCUUUUUCCAACAGUGCAACUAUGAGAUCUCCAAGGAUGCUUAGCUCCUCAGAUAUUGGAAAUCUUUCACCUGUCGAAGCAUACUGUCAACAACAUGAAGUUACUGCAACGGGUGACAAUGUUCCUGCUCCCUUCAUGACCUUUGAAGCAACUGGUUUCCCUCCAGAGAUACUCAAAGAGAUACAUUUUGCUGGCUUCUCUUCUCCAACUCCAAUACAGGCACAGACAUGGCCAAUUGCACUACAGAGUAGAGACAUAGUGGCCAUUGCAAAAACGGGUUCUGGGAAAACCUUGGGCUAUCUCAUUCCUGCCUUUGUUCAUCUGAGGCAAUGCCGAAAUAACCCUCAGAAGGGUCCAAAGGUUUUGGUUCUGGUUCCUACACGUGAGCUUGCAACACAAAUACAAGAUGAGGUUAUCAAGUUUGGUCGUUCUUCUAGGGUCUCUUGCACUUGUUUAUAUGGUGGAGCUCCAAAAGGUCCUCAGCUUAGAGAAUUAGAUAGAGGGGCAGAUAUUGUUGUUGCCACCCCUGGUCGGCUCAAUGAUAUCCUCGAAAUGAAGAAGAUUGACUUUCAUGAAAUAUCUCUCCUUGUUCUUGAUGAGGCAGAUCGAAUGCUUGAUAUGGGCUUUGAACCUCAAAUCCGCCAAAUUGUGAAUGAGAUACCCCCAUGUAGGCAGACUCUCAUGUACACUGCGACCUGGCCAAAGGAGGUCAGGAAAAUAGCAGGAGAUCUACUUGUCAAUCCUGUUCAGGUGAACAUUGGCAGUGUUGAUGAACUUGCAGCAAACAAGGCCAUCACACAGUAUGUGGAAGUAGUCCCACAAAUGGAGAAACAGAGGCGCUUAGAAGAGAUUCUUAAAGCCCAAGAACGUGGGUCGAAGGUCAUAAUCUUCUGCUCAACAAAGAGGUUGUGUGACCAGCUUGCACGGAGCAUUGGCCGCGUUUUUGGUGCUGCUGCAAUUCAUGGAGACAAAUCACAGGGUGAGAGGGACUGGGUUCUCAAUCAGUUCCGGAGUGGGAAGUCUCCAAUACUGGUUGCCACAGAUGUGGCUGCUCGAGGGCUUGACAUUAAGAACAUCAGGGUUGUGGUUAACUAUGAUUUUCCAACGGGAAUAGGAGAUUAUGUCCAUCGAAUUGGAAGAACUGGGAGGGCUGGUGCAACAGGGGUAUCAUACACCUUCUUUUCUGAUCAGGAUUGGAAGUAUGCAGCUGAUCUGAUAAAGGUUUUGGAGGGGGCCAACCAGCGAGUUCCACCUGAAGUGCGAGAGAUGGCUGUACGUGGUGGGCCCAUCGUUGGCAAGGGGCGGAGUGGGAUGAGUCGUUGGGAUUCUGGUGGGCGUUCAGAUUCUGGUGGUCGUGGUGGCUUUGUUGCCCGUGGUGGGCGGAAUGACUUUUUUGGUGGAAGGGGAAAUCAGGGACGGGGAUUUGGUGGGCCUCGUAGAGGGAGGCAUGAACGGGGACCAUGUGAUCGUUAUGGAAGUAUGAAUGGGAGGGGGCGAUAUGAUAAUAGAGGAGCAGAUAGGAAUCGGGGUGGUAGUAAUAGCAGGACUUACAGUCGCAGCCCUGAUUUGGCUCGCACCUGGGAUUAUGACAGAAGCCGAAGCCGGAGCCGGAGCCGGAGCUGGAGCUGGAGCAGGAGCAGGAGUUGGUCCCGUAGUCGCAGCCACAGCAGUAGCAGCAGCCACGAAAGAUAUGAGAGAUCACGUGGACAGAGGGAUGUUGGUCCUAUGGAACCAAUAUAUGUUGCUCCUGAAGAAUCAAGAAUGUCCUCUGGAGCAACACCAGGUGGCCCAUUCUUGGGAGUUGAGCCUGCAAUUCAGCAGCCUGUAGUUGAUAAUACCGGACCUGCUCAUCCUGUGAUGGUGGCAGAGCCAGAUUAUCACCCUGCAGCUGAACCUUAGGGUCUUGCAUGGAAGAAGUUUUAGCAGUUGGUUCUUUUUGGUUCUGCUGGUGGGUGAAGUUGGUCCUUGAACGGAGAACAUCUUGUAUGUGAAGGAGUUGUCAUAGAUCAUUUUGACUCUAUCCUUAUAUCUAAGGAACUGCUGCAGCAACCAUCAAUGUUGCUCCCAGAAGUGUCUGGUGCAUUUUAGUUUGCAUUCUUUGAGAGGAAGGGAUUAGUCUCUGUAUUUGGUGUCAUUUGAAGCAGGAAAGAUUUGGGAUAUUGAAGAGCCAUUAUUGAAGGAUGGCGAUGGGGAAGGUGGAAGAGGGGCUUUUUUGGCCUUUUUUUGGUCUUGGAAAUCUAAAAUUUAGCAUUCCCUUUGAGUUUAAUGACAUAGAUGGAAGAUUUUUUUUUUUUAGUGAACAUAGGUUGAAGGCUUUAAUGUACCUAUAUUUAACCAAGUCAAGUGGAAUGGAUCUCAAAUUUCACAAAAGCUUACUGUAUUGCGGAUGAUGAUUUAGUAUCCUUAAGAAAUGAGGUGAUAGUGUAUGUUUGGAUCUA